AUGCUGGACUCUUUGGGAAAGGAAGCAGGUGCUGCUUCUUCUGGCCGGCGUCCAACCUCUGGAGACAGGGACCUGGCCUGGUUCAUCCUGGCGUCUGCAUCGCCCAGCACGCUCAUCUGCUUAGAGCAGGGUCAGCGACAUCUCGCGGCGGCGGAUCCGCUGCGCGGCGGCCAAGGGCCGGUCAAGGAGUGCGCGGAGGGCUUGUUCCGAUGCCGGAACGAGCGCUGCAUCCCUUCUGUGUGGAGAUGCGACGAGGACGACGACUGCUCGGACAACAGCGACGAGGACGACUGCCCCAAGAAGACCUGUGCGGACAGUGACUUCACCUGUGACAAUGGUCACUGCAUCCCCGAACGGUGGAAGUGUGACGGCGAGGAGGACUGUCCCGACAACUCGGACGAAUCCAAGGCCACUUGCACCAAGCAGGUGUGCCCACCAGAGAAGCUGAGCUGUGGACCCAGCAGCCACAAGUGUGUGCCCGCCUCAUGGCGCUGCGAUGGGGAGAAGGACUGUGAGAGUGGAGCGGACGAGGCUGGCUGUGCUACCCUGUGCGCCCCGCACGAGUUCCAGUGCAGCAACCGCUCGUGCCUGGCCGCCGUGUUCGUGUGUGACGGCGACGACGACUGUGGUGAUGGCAGCGAUGAGCGCGGCUGUACCCACCCGGCCUGCGGGCCCCGAGAGUUCCGGUGCGGCGGCGACGGCGGCGCCUGCAUCCCCGAACGUUGGCUCUGCGACCGCCAGUUCGACUGCGAGGACCACUCGGACGAAGCAGCCGAGCUGUGCGGCAGGGCGGGCCCCAGGGCCACCGCCGCGCCCGCCGCCUGCGCGCCCGCCGCCCAGUUCGCCUGCCGCAGCGGCGAGUGCGUGCACCUGGGCUGGCGCUGCGACGGCGACCACGACUGCAAGGACAAGUCGGACGAGGCCGACUGCCCGCUAGGGACCUGCAGUGGGGAUGAGUUCCUGUGCAAAGAUGGGACUUGUGUCCCUGCAAUGAAGCGCUGCAACCAGGAGCAGGACUGUGCCGAUGGGAGUGAUGAAGCCGGCUGCCUGCAGGGACUGAACGAGUGCAUGCACAACAAUGGAGGCUGCUCCCACAUCUGCACAGACCUCAAGAUUGGCUUUGAGUGCACGUGCCCAGCAGGCUUCCGGCUCCUGGACCAGAAGACUUGUGGUGACAUUAAUGAGUGCGAGGACCCAGACGCCUGCAGCCAGAUCUGUGUCAACUACAAGGGCUACUUUAAGUGCGAGUGCUACCCAGGCUAUGAGAUGGACACACUGACCAAGAACUGCAAAGCUGUUGCUGGCAAGAGCCCGUCCCUAAUCUUCACCAACCGGCAUGAGGUGCGGAGGAUCGACCUGGUGAAGCGGGAUUACUCGCGCCUCAUCCCCAUGCUCAAGAACGUCGUGGCGUUGGACGUCGAGGUUGUCACCAAUCGCAUCUACUGGUGUGACCUUUCCUACCGCAAGAUCUACAGUGCCUACAUGGACAAGGCUAGCGACCCAGCAGAGCAGGAGGUCCUCAUUGAUGAGCAGCUGCACUCUCCAGAAGGCCUGGCAGUGGACUGGGUCCACAAGCACAUCUACUGGACUGACUCGGGCAAUAAGACCAUCUCAGUGGCCACAGUGGACGGUGGCCGCCGAUGCACUCUCUUCAGCCGGGACCUGAGUGAACCCCGGGCCAUCGCUGUCGACCCCCUGCGAGGGUUCAUGUAUUGGUCUGACUGGGGAUAUCAGGCCAAGAUUGAGAAGUCUGGACUCAAUGGUGUGGACCGACAAACACUGGUGUCAGACAAUAUUGAAUGGCCCAAUGGAAUCACUCUGGAUUUGCUGAGCCAGCGCCUGUACUGGGUUGACUCUAAACUGCAUCAGCUCUCCAGCAUUGACUUCAGUGGCGGCAACAGGAAGAUGCUGAUUUCCUCCACAGACUUCCUGAGCCACCCUUUUGGGAUAGCAGUGUUUGAGGACAAGGUGUUCUGGACAGACCUGGAGAACGAGGCCAUUUUCAGUGCAAAUCGACUCAAUGGCCUGGAGAUCUCCAUCCUAGCUGAGAAACUCAAUAACCCACAUGACAUUGUCGUCUUCCAUGAGCUGAAGCAGCCAAGAGCUGCAGAUGCCUGUGAGCUGAGUGCCCAGCCCAAUGGAGGCUGUGAGUAUCUGUGCCUUCCUGCUCCUCAGACCUCCAGCCACUCUCCCAAGUACACGUGUGCCUGUCCUGACACCAUGUGGCUUGGCCCAGAUAUGAAAAGGUGCUACCGAGCACCACCAUCUACCUCAACUACAACAUUAGCCUCUACCAUGACAAGGACCGUAACCGCCACCACAAGAUCCCCUGGCACCACUGCCCACAGCCCCACCUACCAGAACCACAGCACAGAGAUGCCGCUGCCACAGAGCCAGGCCACUUCAGUCCCAGGCUCAGCUAGUGCCCCCAGGGCUCCCAGCAUCAGUCCGUCCACUGCAAGCCCUGCAACCAGCAACCACUCGCAGCACUAUGGGAAUGAAGGUGGCAAGAUGGGUUCAACAGUCACUGCUGCUGUCAUUGGGAUCAUCGUGCCCAUGGGUGUCAUAGCCCUGCUGUGCAUGAGUGGCUACUUGAUCUGGAGGAACUGGAAGCGGAAGAACACCAAGAGCAUGAAUUUUGACAACCCAGUAUACAGGAAAACAACAGAAGAAGAGGAUGAAGAUGAACUCCAUAUAGGACGGACUGCUCAGAUUGGCCAUGUCUAUCCGGCACGAGUGGCAUUAAGCCUUGAAGAUGAUGGACUGCCCUGAGGAUGGGACCACACUCUUCGUGCCUCAUGGAAUUCAGUCCCCUGCAGAGUACUCUCUGGAUGGUGUAUUGGAUGCCUGGUUUCUGUAUGUGGACCUGUGUGAGUGUGUGUGAGAAUGUCUCUCUCUCUCUCUCUCUCUUUCUAUCUCUCUUUUUUAAUUUAUGUUGGAGAAAGGUAACCACAAAGUUAUGAUGAACUGCAAACAUCCAAAGGAUGUGAGAGUUUUUCUAUGUAUAAUGUUUUAUACACUUUUUAACUGGCUGCACUAUCCAUGAAGAAUUCAUGGAAUGACUACUGCUAAGUCACUAACAUAAUGUUCAUAACCAAACUGGGGCCGAGGGAAACAGAGUAGCUUACUCAUCAUUUAGAAACUGUAUUUACAGAGGAUGUUUGGUUUCUUGGGGGGUUUUGUUAGGUUUGGUGCUUUUGGUUUUUUGUAAAUAAAAUUAUAAUUAUACUUUGUGGCUAUCUAUCAACAUAAGUA